AAUGAUUUACAGAGACCUUUUUCGAACUGAAAUUUGUAUAAUCAGAGUUUUUGUUUCAAAACUUUCUUCGAAAGCCAUCAAAUAGAUCCGGUCCAGUUAUACACUCACCGGUCACUAAGGAUCAUUUUAAAUAACUGAAUCCACGCAGUUCUUACCCCCGAGCUUGUCUAACUCGCUACCAUGUCUAGCGCCAAACUUUCACAUAUUACCACCCAUGCGUUGAACCCCAACGAACCUUUUUACGCUUCCCUUUCCGCAGCAGAGCAGCCAUAUCUGGCAAACCCGCUUGGGACACUUUCUCUGCACAUCAUCCACACCAAAAGCCUCGACGCACCCACGAUCCACCGUCUGUUCCCCGCAUCCAGCACUCUGCAUUAUUACGUGCGCGUUGAUUUCUUAGAUAAAUCUUUCUUCACCAAACUCAUGCUGGAUGUCCCGGCGGACAGCGCCCGCAUCGUUGUGGAUCAUUUAAUAACCUUCCAAAUCGAGGAUAUCGCCGCUCACGACGGCGCGGAGAAUCAGAUUGUCACCUUUCAUUUGAUUGCCGUAGACGACGCGGAUCCACAGCGUCACAUUGUCAUCGGAUCUGUGGAGAAGGAACUGCUGGCUUUUAUUCGGGGCAUGAUUGAGAGUGAGAUGGUGCUGUUGACUCGGCCGGCGCGAAUGGAUCCCGUGAAGGGUGGAUACGAGGGACAGCGUACCAUGGGCAUUUUGCUGAUCAAGUCAGCGUUUAGCUAUGGCCGGUUUGGAUACGGGUUCUCGAAUCAGAUUGCGGACGAGCGGAUGGCGCCGUCGGAUGCAGUAAAGCACUGCAUGUUCCCGAGAUUUGCUCCGCCUAGUGAUCGGAAGCAAGAAUGCGGAAACGUACUGCGAUUUGCAGCGCUUCCGCCACCCGCUGAUUUGGCCACUGUAACGGAUUGCGUCGAAGUCGGGCAUCCAGCAUUACGUGCGUUUAGCUCAUCGUCUGAUCACAAUGAAGAGGAGAGCGCCAUUCGCGAAGCCGUACCCUGGUUAAAUCCUAGUUUGGAGCGAACAAUCGCAGUAUCGAAAGACUUCUUGGCUGACAAGAUCAAGAAGCUGGGUUCCAUGAAAAGCGCCACCAGACAGAUGAUGUUCCUGCGGGAAAUGUGUGCGCCUAGCCCAACGGUUUGAAACGGCGAGCAGUAUUUUGCUGCACUUUAUCAAAUUUCCCCAUGCAUAACGCAGGACUUCCAAACUGCGUCUGCGUUCUUCUUCUGCGUUCACUAUCCUGGACACGUUAGAAAUGAAUGGCCCCUUACCACGCGCAGCAUCUUCCUCGUUCACCUCCACAGCAUUUUAUUCCCGCCUUCGGAAGGAAGACUCGCGCCAUUUUCCUGGCCCUGUUUUCCGGCAUGAUGAUGAUUAUCAGACAGCACGCUGGCGCCGUCCGCCACCACUUUCAUUUCAUAAAGUUCCCGAGUAGCGUAGUGUAGAAUCAAUGGAUUGUGCUGCUAAUCUCGGAUCCGCUACGGCGUGUUUCGGUUAACGGUUUAUUACUGCUUUGUCAAUCCAGUAUCCGUCAUGUGUUGGUGUGCUGGCAAAGGUAAAUUCGGCGUUGAUUAAGAUUUCCCACUAGGCGGAUGACGGAACGUCAUCCGGUGAAAUGGCGUGACUAUAUUCUGUAUUUUGUGCAAAAAGCGGAUCAACUUCUACCUGCUUGGCACUGUCCGGCGCUGAUUUGAUUUUCAGCCCUUCCCAGCACCGCAGUCGAUGGAUUCAGCAGAUUCCAUGGAUGGUGUUGGUGAUCAGCUACUGGGCCAUCUGCUACUCGGCUUGUUACGGAUUCACUAAUCUAAUCUUCGGCAAUCGAGCGGUAGUUCGCUCGUACUGCUGGCAAAUGGAAGCCCUGGUACAGUCCUGGUAGGUAAUGGAAGUUCGCUGAAACAGCUUUCGCAGCCGGUGACCAAGGAUCAUCAUCCCGUAAAAUGUGGUUGUAUUCAGCAUCUUUUAUAAAAAGCGGAUCAACAUUACGUUUUUGGCAUUUAAUUAAAUUUAAAAGUCUUAUCUUUGAAGAAAAUUACCGGCUUCUUGCUCUCGAUUGUCUGUAACUGUAAACACGAAACUAUUAUUUGCCAGACUUCUGCAGUGUCAGUGCAGCGACAGUUCUGCAGUGUCGUUUUGGAAGUGCUUGUAAAAUUAAAUUAAAUUUCAUGGA